UCAACUGCUUGGCCCUCUCUUUUCUCAGGAAGCAAAAAUGGCUGCCUCUCCUUUAAACCCCAGAGCCCAGUAUCAUUCCCGCUCUAUUAGCUUGCCCUCUAGACCACACCCUCUUGUUCCUGAAUUUGAUGAGCAUUUAUGCAGAUUAAGAGCUUCUCAAGCUGCCUCGUCCUCAUCAUCAUCAAUAAGCCACAGACUGAGUGGCCUUAAAGAUCUACAUGAUUGUGUAGAUGAUUUACUUCUGUUGCCACUUACUCAACAGGCCUUAGCCCAACACCGCCAUGAGAAAUGGGUUGAUGAGCUGUUGGAUGGAUCUCUCAAGCUGUUGGAUGUGUGUGGCACUGCUAAGGAUGCCUUGCUGCAGACAAGGGAACAUGCACAUGAACUUCAAUCAAGUCUGCGAAGAAGGUGGGGAGGCGAAAAUGGGAUCUCAACUGAGGUUGGAGAAUAUUUAACCUCUAGGAAGAAGGUAAAGAAGGCAAUCCACAAGGCCCUCAGUAAUCUGAAGAGCAUGGAGAAGAAGUGCAGAUUCUCUCCCUUGAACAAAGACCCUAAGACUCUCUCCAUGGUUAGCAUGUUAAGGGAGGUGGAAGCACUCACUCUCACAGUGCUUGAAUCUCUGUUGUCCUCAAUUGCAAGAGCAACAGGACAAUCCAAGCCAAGUGGGUGGUCUUUGGUUUCAAAGCUGAUGCAUCAUAAGCGUGUGGCAUGUGAAGACGCAGCAAUAAAUCUUACUGAAUUUGAGAAAAUGGAUGCUGCAUUAGCCAUCCUCAUUGGCCUCAAGACCAAAUCUGUUAACCUGGUGCAGAUUCAUAAUAUGCAAAAUGAGUUGGGAAAAUUGGAAUCAAGCAUUCAAGACCUUGAAGAAGGGAUAGAACUCCUGUCUAGGUGUUUAAUCAAAACCAGGGUCUCUCUUCUCAACACCCUCAGCCACUAGAUCAAAAAUCAUGUUGUAGUCUCAUGUGCAAAGGCCAGGCUUAUUGUUCUUAGAAUACUUGUAAAUGAAU